GUCAAGCCUAAGCUCGUCUUAGUCAGCAGCUGGCCCGUGACGCUACGGAGUCCGUGGGAGCUCUCACUUGCAACUCACUUGAAUGCUCAAUAUGUUGUCCAUCGCAAAAUCUGCCCUGCGGCCCUCUCUGGCUCGGGCGUUCGCCACUCCCGCAACUAGCAUGUCUCUCCACACUCUUCCGGACCUGCCUUAUGCUUACAAUGCUCUUGAGCCAUACAUCUCCGAGACAAUAAUGAAACUCCAUCACACUAAGCAUCAUCAGACCUAUGUCAAUGGACUUAAUGCUGCAGAGCAAGCUUAUGCGCAGUCACCCUCCGUCAAGGAGAAGAUUGCCUUACAGUCAGCACUGAAAUUCAACGGCGGCGGCCACAUCAACCAUUCGUUGUUUUGGAAGAAUCUUUCGCCCGCCAAUGCUGACGGUGGCAACCUUUCCGACGGUCCUCUGAAAAAAGCCAUCGAACGUGACUUCGGAUCCGUGGAAGAAUUUAAGAAAAAGUUCAAUGCUGCUACAGCAGCUAUCCAGGGCAGUGGAUGGGGAUGGCUCGGCUACAACUCCGUCACCAACAUGCUUGAGAUCGUUACGACCGCCAACCAAGAUCCUUUACUUUCUCAUACACCCAUUAUCGGCGUUGACAUUUGGGAGCAUGCUUUCUACUUACAGUACCAAAAUGUCAAGGUAGAUUACCUCGCUGCAAUUUGGAACGUCGUCAACUUCAAAGAGGCAGAGCAAAGGUUGGCCGAGGCUACCAAGUAGCUCACUUGGUUUUUUUGCGUCGUUGCAUAGUAAACUUCCGUCGCACAAUGUGAUACGUUCUUAUGAAGUUGAACUACGCGUUGAAGUUGCAGUUAAGUGCCUACAUAUGUUGUCCAC